GAUAAAACUCGUGAAAACCCUAAAAACUGAUAUACAUUUCAGAAACUAAAGAGUGUUAGGUAGUCAAAUGGCAAUAAAAGAGAGAUCAUUGGAGGAGACACCAACAUGGGCUAUUGCUGUUGUUUGCUUCGUUAUUCUUUUCAUCUCUAUCUUGAUCGAAUAUUUCUUGCACUUUAUUGGUCAUUGGUUUAAGAAGAAGCACAAGAAAGCUUUGUGUGAAGCUCUUGAAAAGGUUAAAGCAGAACUGAUGCUACUAGGAUUCAUAUCGCUUCUACUUGUUGUGUUGCAAACACCAGUCUCCGAAAUUUGCAUCCCAAAAAGAGCUGCUGCGACUUGGCAUCCUUGUAGUAGGGCACAAGAGCUGGCUAAAUAUGGUGAAGAUUAUAUCGAUGAUGGUCGCAAGAUUCUUGAAGACUAUGACUCCAACGACUUUUAUAGUCCUCGUCGAAGUUUAGCGACCAAGGGUUAUGACAAAUGCGCACAGAAGGGGAAAGUAGCAUUAGUAUCCGCGUAUGGUAUCCACCAGCUGCAUAUAUUCAUCUUUGUGCUUGCUGUUUUUCAUAUUCUCUACUGUAUUACAACCUAUGCUUUGGGGAAGACCAAGAUGAAGAAAUGGAAAUCAUGGGAGAAAGAGACCAAAACAAUUGAAUACCAAUAUGCCAAUGAUCCAGAGAGGUUCAGAUUUGCGAGAGACACGUCGUUUGGACGCAGACAUUUGAAUGUAUGGAGCAAGUCUUCUGCUACCCUCUGGAUAACUUGUUUCUUCAGACAGUUUUUUGGAUCAGUGACAAAGGUCGAUUAUCUUACACUAAGACAUGGAUUUAUCAUGGCCCAUUUGCCAGCAGGAAGUGAAGCUCGCUUCGACUUCCAAAAAUACAUUCAAAGAUCUUUGGAAGAAGAUUUUAAAGUUGUUGUUGGUAUAAGCCCACUGAUAUGGUGCAUUGCUGUCUUGUUCAUAUUGACUAAUACACAUGGAUGGCAUUCUUAUCUUUGGCUGCCUUUCAUCCCUUUGCUUGUGAUAUUAAUAGUAGGAACAAAACUUCAAGUGAUAAUAUCAAAGUUAGGACUAAGGAUUCAAGAUAAAGGAGAUGUGGUUAAAGGAGCUCCUGUAGUUCAACCAGGCGAUGAUCUCUUUUGGUUUGGUCGUCCUCGUUUCAUUCUCUUCCUCAUUCACUUGGUUCUUUUCACGUACGAGUUCACACUAAAAAAUUGCUUCCACCACAAAACGGAAGAUAUUACCAUCAGGAUCGUCAUGGGGGUAAUAAUACAAGUUCUAUGCAGCUACAUCACUCUACCUCUCUAUGCUCUCGUGACUCAGAUGGGAACUACAAUGAGGCCGACUAUCUUCAACGACAGGGUAGCCAAUGCAUUGAAAAAAUGGCACCACGCGGCCAAGAAACAUACCAAACAUGGAACUUCGGGGUCCAACACACCAAGCCGCCCUGCCACGCCAACACAUGGCAUGUCACCAGUGCAUCUACUCCACAACUACCAUAACCGCAGCCUUGACCAGCAAACCAGCUUCACUGCCUCUCCUUCUCCUCCUAGAUUCUCUGAUUACGGCGGCCACAGCAAUCACCGUAAUUUCUUCGAUCCUGAAUCUCAGAGUGUCUCUUGCCAACGUGAGAUCAUAGAUUCCGAAAACAGCAAUAGUCAGCAUCCCCAUGCUGACACCGCAAGUCCUGUUAGAGAAGAGAGAGAGAUUACUGAGCAUGUCAGGGUUGAUCUGCCGGAGUUUACUUUCAAGAAGUAA